UCAUUUGUGGCACAAAUUUUGUGCAUUCCACAUAGCCGGGUGGAUUUGUAAUCAAUGUAGAUUUUAAUUGAAAUUAAAAAAGACGUGUCAAUUAAUUUAUCUAAGUUUUUUUAUUUAGUCAAUAUACUUUAUAUUUACGAUGGUCAGACACAGAAAAGGCGGUAAAGAGCCGCAUAAAAGUUCUAAUAAUGAAACCAGUAGUAGUUCUGGUUCCAGUGAUACUUCGGUAGAAAAAAAACCAUUUAAAAUACUGUCUCUAUGGAAAACUUUGGUCGGUUUUAUAUGUUUAGUAGUGGCCAUAUACGGCGGUGUGGUGGGUUACUUAGAGACGAGAGUAAACACGCCGUUUGACGACGUUAAGGUUGUACAAAAAUCUGGUCUUGAGGUGCCUGAUCGAUAUUGGGGCACAUACAGACCUGGUGUAUACUUAGGUAUGAAAAGUCGGGAGCCAUGGUCCCCAGUUUUUGGUCUAAUGUGGUAUGAGCUUGCUGCUGCUGCUCAAAAAGGAAUCAGACACUGGUGCGAUCAGGGUGACAACUUACCUACGUAUGGCUGGCUCCGACAUGAUGGUGUGACUUUCGGAGAACAGCUGAUAUCGGACCCCCCUCAUCAGAUUGUUACCAGUUUCGUAAAGACACCGGGAGGGGCUCACGGAGGUCACUGGACUGCCAGGAUCAAUGUUACUGCUACGGCAAGAUCACCUGGGCCCUUCGCGCUGGUAUGGUACGGCGCUUUAGAUGAAUCCCUUGGACCUGCCGCCCCACAUUCGAGGCUGUGGAUUGAAGGAGGGGACAUACUCGGCCACACAUCGAAUUUAAGGAAUUUUCGCCUUAAUCUAGUACCGCAUAAAGGUAAAAUUCUUCACAAGUCAUUUUCGGAGGCGCACGCCGAAGGCCUCCAUUUGCUCAAGGAGAAAUUCUAUGGCUUAUUGAGGGGAGACAAGCAUUCUAAAAUCGGUAACAUAGCCGUUUUGUCCGAAGACGACGACGUCAUUGUCAAGAAUAAGGACGCAAAUUUCGUCCUAAUACAAUUGAUAGUUGAAGCGCCGUUCGUUCUAGACGUAGUUUAUACCACAGAGGAGCUACCGACUCCUCCACUUAAAGGAGACGAGUUCACCAAGAGUCUAGAAGAGAAGAAGAAGUCCUUCGACAAUGAGUUCGAGAAGAAGUUUAAAUUGCAAGAAAAGGGGUAUCGAAAAGAAGAUGUUGACGUGGCGAAAGCGGCGCUCUCAAAUAUGCUCGGCGGGAUCGGGUACUUCUAUGGCGCCGGCCGAGUUCAGUCCCAGUACACGAAGGAGUCGGUGCCGUACUGGCGGGCGCCCUUGUACACGGCCGUUCCGAGCAGAUCAUUCUUCCCUCGAGGAUUCCUCUGGGACGAGGGCUUCCACGGACUUCUGAUCGGAAGGUGGUCUCCGGAUAUUGAGCUCGAUAUAGCCGCUCAUUGGCUGGACCUCAUCAACGUGGAAGGCUGGAUAGCGAGGGAACAGAUUUUAGGCGUCGAAGCCUUAGCGAGAGUUCCCAAGGAGUUCGUAGUGCAGAACAACGCGGCGGCAAAUCCUCCUAUACUGUUAAUAACACUGGCAAGGCUGGUGCAGCUGCGCCCUGAGCUGUUCAAGCCCCAGGGUCGGCUUAGGGGCACGCUCGACCGGAUGUUCAGUAGACUGCAGGCCUGGUACCAGUGGUUCCAGACGACCCAAAAGGGAGAGGAGGCCACGUCGUACCGCUGGAGGGGUCGGGAGGACGACGGCCUCCAGCUCAACCCCAAAACCUUAACGUCCGGCCUCGACGAUUAUCCGAGGGCCUCGCAUCCGUCAGACAUCGAGCGCCAUGUGGAUCUUCGGUGUUGGAUGUACGCGGCCGCCGACGCAAUGGUCACAAUAGCGGACGUCCUACAGCGUGACGUCAGCAAGUUCGAAACGACAAGGGAUCAGUUGGGCGACGAAGAUCUGCUCAACGAACUCCACUGGUCGACUCGCUCGCAAACCUACGCUGACUACGGUCUCCACACGGACGGAGUGCGCCUCGUCAGACAGCAGUCCAAGAAGCCGAACGAGAACGGUAAAAUGGUCCGAGUCGUGACCACCGCGCCGCAACCGAUGCUCGUCACGUCCGCUUUCGGAUACAUAUCCUUGUUCCCGAUGCUGCUGAAGGUCCUUAAAUCUGACAGCGAGAAACUGGAGAGAAUACUGGAUUCUCUCGAUAAGCCCGACUUAUUGUGGUCUCCGUACGGACUUAGAUCGCUGUCAAAAUCAUCGCCAUUAUACAUGAAGAGGAACACGGAACACGAUCCGCCAUAUUGGCGCGGGCAAAUAUGGAUGAACAUUAAUUAUUUAGCGCUUUCGAGCUUGAAGUACUACGCGACCGUGCCCGGCCCGUACAAGGCGAGAGCGGGACAGCUGCACGAUCGUCUGAGAGAGAACGUCGUCCGCAACAUCAUAUCCGAGUACAGGAGGACGGGCUACCUCUGGGAGCAGUACUCUGGCGAAGAUGGCAAGGGCUCUGGAUGUAGACCGUUCAGCGGCUGGACUGGACUCUUGGUUCUCAUCAUGGCUGAACAGUAUUAGGGGGCAGCGCUUCGGAGGCUCAAUGGUGUUUGACUCUUGCAACUCUUUGAAUGUUGGAGAGGCAACUUCUAGUAACUACUACUAAUUCUAAAAAUCGUAUUUUUAAGGGACUUUAUGACCUGGUAACUAAGACCUUUAAGUCAGGUCUUAUUUUAAUUCAUCAUGUUAUUUUAAUGAAAAAUGGAGUGAAAUGAGAUGAAAUGAAAUGAGAUGAUAUAGGAUGAAAUAUAAUCCCAGUAAAAUGGUGAUCAUUUACUGAAAGUUUUUUAGUGGACUUUUUGGAGGAUCCCGAGAAGUUACGUCCAGCGGCUUUGUUUCAUUUUCCCACGUUUGUGCACUUUCACAGAUAUUAAACAGUUAAUAAACCACCGUUAUUACACAUUUAAACCUGAAGAAACACAAAAUAAACAAAAUAAAACAAAUCACACAACUUCAUUCCUCGCGUUCCCGCCAAAAAGUUCCUCUAGAUACGAGAGUUUUGGAUAUACUAGGUGUUACCCGCGGCUUCGCUUGCUACAAAAAUCAAAUAUUAUAUACCCAAAAUCAAUAUUGGAACAUGCAAAUAAAAUACACAUCCGAAAUUGAACACUAAUAACCGCGUAAUAGAGUUCAAUAUAUGUAUUAUUCGUAAUGAAUAUGUAUGGUGAAUCGGAAAAAUAUAUAUAGAUAUAUUCUUGAAGUGAAACUUCUUUAGACGUUGACACUAAAAUUUAAUUCGCGACAGAUUCGUUACGGCCAGAGAGAAAUGAUACAAUUUAGGACGAGCGAGAGUGAGAGAAUAGACAGAGCGUCUCGCGAACCACUCGACCGUGGAGUGAGGGAGAGGACAAAUCGAGCUAGGUCGUUUUUCUUAUACACAGCAUUCCCUAUUACAAGAUAAAUUUGAUUUAGGGAUGAAAAAUGAAGAAAACCACAACACUACACACGCCGCAAAAGAAGUUUCUCUUCUUUCACGUGCAUCAAGUUGUAAGCUUACCAUAUUUUUGUGUGCUGUAUAUUUUGCCAACAAUAACAUUCCUUUGCAUUGUUCGGAUAAGCAUCUGUCCACGGACCUCAAGACGGCAACGAUGUUACCUAACUUAAUAUAAUAAUAAUAAUAUGUACCGUUAAUUUAUGAUAAUUAUUAAUGAAUUAUAAUAUCAAUUAAUGAUAUAUUUUAGUGCAGGGUUUUAGUAAUAUGUAAGUUGCGGGCUCAGUGUUGAUGUCCUUGGGCGCUGUACAGACAGACAUUCUGUUCGUAUAUUAAAAUUAGAUUGACGUAGAAAAUAAACUUUUAGCGGUAAGAUUAUCCUUUUUUUGGUGGUGGGGCGUGUUGUGAGCUAGUUUGUAUUGCCAUUCCCCUAUUUCUGUUGUUAAGCAUUCGCGAGUUUGUUUGAACUAGUGGUCCCGCAGUAGUCGAAAUUCGACUUUAAGCCUUCGUCAAACAGAACGCGUAAUUAGCGCGCGUCAGAGCGCUGAACUGACGCCGCGCUAUGACGCCGAGAUGUGUUGUACUACUAUGAUAACAAACCGUCAAACAGCCCCAGCCCUAUAAGUACGCAGCGCUCUGUCGCGGCGUUAGGACGUUUUGACGUCAGGCGUUGUAAUUUUUUACAAAUUUUAUUUUAGCGUCGGAGUGAAUGUGUAUUAAAAUACUAGAUAAUGCCCGAAAAAAGGAUAUAAAUAGUCAGAAAAUACCCAUGCUUAUACAAUGCCACAUUUGAAUCACUCGAUUUCUUAAUACUUUUAAAUUUUCACCCUGCUAUCGAAAGGCACUAUGAUUUGGCGAAUGCGUUGCGUCAAGGAGCGUUGGACUCAUCCAGUCAAUUUGAAGAGCGCGACGUUAAGUACGCGGCGCUAAGUACGCGUUCUGUUUGACGAAGGCUUUAAUGAAUUGUAAUUUUAUGUUUAAACAUUAUUAUGGUUCUAUUGUCAAAUACUAUUUUAUACUUAUAUAAUAUAAUCACAUCGCCAAAACUACAUUAUUAAAUACAUAAAUUAUAAUAAUAAAGACAAACAAUAUUCAUCUAUUCUCAAUUUGACCACAGACUUUAAACACUAAUAGAAGUUUGACAAUUGACAAUAUAUGUGUUGUGUCAAAUACAUGGUAGUGUGUGUAAUGUUUUCUUUAUAGAUUUAAUGUAUCACGUCUGGAAUACAAUGACCACUUACCAUGCGGUAAGUUAGCUUAUCCAAGCAUCUAAAGCAAAAAUAUAUAAUAGUUUAAAAAAACUAACAAAAUAUGCUAAAAAUAAAAAUUAAUUAAAAAUAGUGUAAGAAAAAAUUAUUUUAUUGUCAAAAAAACAUGGGGUGCUUUUCAGGAUAUUAUCAAAAUAACCCUUCUACUCAUAUCUGUUCAUAAAAUAUUUAUAACUACUGAUACCAUGCACCUCACGCUAUUUUUACAAUAAAAUAAUUCUUUCUUACACUAUUUUUAAUUCAAAUUAAUUUUUAGCGUAUUUUGUUAUUUUAUUAAACUUUUUAUUUUUUAAUUGAAUUUCAAUUUUUUCAAUAUAUUUUUUUCAUUUUUUUAAAUAUUCGGCCUCAUUUAUUAUGCCGAUAUCUGUUACUUACCUCUUGGUCGCGAUUCCGAUCCGGUGGUAGAUUCUCCGAAGCACUGCUUUUGUUAGGGCCAGUGUUAACAACACUUCGGUUUGAGCCCCGUGAGCUCACCUACACGCUAGAGUAACGCUGAUAUAGCCUCUCAAGGCUAUCAACAUCAUAGGUAGGAAAAAAUAAAAAUGAAACCUAUCAAGCAGUAAGUGAUACCCCAUAACUCACGAGACGUUGUAAGCAAUAGCAGAGUCCAAACGUGGCUCUUGAAUGGUUGGAGAUUUUAAUUGAAAAGUCCAUAACGCGAAAAAAUUGCCCAAAAUGCAAUACAUGUUCAUAUUUUAUUUAUUGCUUAGUAUUUUUAUCUAUUGCUUAGAUGGGUGGCGAGCUCACAGCCCACCUAGUGUUAAGUGGUUACUGGAGCCCAUAGACAUCUACAACGUAAAUGCGCCACCCACCUUGAGAUACAAGUCUAAGAUCUCAGAAUAGUUACAACGGCUGCCCCACCCUGCAAUCCGAAACGCGUUACUGCUUCACGGCAGAAAUAGGCAGGGUGAUAUUUAUAGUGACGCUGGUUUGAAUUAAUGGUUAAAUUACUGGUCAUUUGGCAUUUAUGUCGCCAGGCAGUGGUAUGUUUCCGUUGGCGGGGGACAGUUACGCUGUAAAAGUGAGAGUGCGACCUCAAGCCUCAAAAGGAAACUGUGGAAUUAAACAAGCGUCUAUUUAAACUUAGUAAGAUUAGUAAAUUAUAAUAUUUAAUGUAUUGGUUCAUUCUUGUUGAACGUCUUUUAAUUUAUUGUCUUGAUAAAGUUUUAGUAAAUAUUGUUGAUUAAAAUUUAUUGAAAAUUUUA